AGGAGUUCAUCUCUGAACUGGGUAACCAAAUUUUGCGUGUGUUCUUACAAUUAAUUUUUUCACAUUCCUUGCUUUUCAAGCACUCGAUUGGUUUUCAAUCACUCGAUUGGUUUUCAAUCACUUAAUCUGCAUUAGUAUUGUUCUUCAUCAAGAUUAAACUCAGUUUCUGCUGAGUCAUGAUCCUGACAAUUAUGGACCUUGUUUAUCGAUUGUGUGUAUUCAGGAAUUUGGUGAAUGGGGAUAAUUUCUCUGGAAAUUGGGUAACUGUUGGAGUGCUAACUGGGAAGGGGAUUCAGAAAACAAGUUCAAAUGGGAAGAGCUUUUGUAUAUGGAAAAUUGGUUGUUUGGAUGAAAACACUGUUCCUAUUUUCUUGUUUGGAAAUGCUUAUCAGAGGAAUUCCCAAGAGCAGGCAGGAACGGUCUUUGCAUUCUUCAAUUGUGGUGUUCGCAAGGAUGCCAAGGGUAAUGGCUUUUCUUUGAGUAUAUACUCCCCUAACCAAAUUGUGAAGAUGGGCACCUCUGUAGAUUACGGAGUUUGCAAAGCGAAAAGAGCGGAUGGGAUGGCAUGUACAAUGGCCAUAAAUAAGAUUGACGUUCCUGAAUUAUUAUUCUGUAUGGAAAUUCUUCCCCAAAUAUGUGUAGAUACUUUUGGUGCUUUUUUAACUACUCAAAAAUUUUAUACACGAGAAGAGGUGAUCAGAUCUCAUAUUAACAAAAAUGUUGGUGCAAAAUUCAAGAAAUAUGUGGUGAAUGACAUGCAAAAGAUGAUAUACACAUUAUGGCUAAAAGUUGUUUGGGCUAGUAAUGAAGUUGAGCAUGACCAACAGUUGCAUCAACUUGAGCAGCCAUGUGUUGCUUUUCGUGGAUUUAUUAAUUAUGUGAAAGACACAUGGUUGACUCCAUAUAGACAAAUAUUUGUUGGAGCAUGGAUUAAUCGAGUCCUACAUUUGGGUAACACGAUGACUAAUCGGUAA